AUGGCACCCACUUCAUCUAUUUUGGCUAGAAAGCCUAAUUUGGUAUUUGCAACAUUACACCAGCUGCUUAAGAAUGAACUUGUAAACAAGUCUGCUAAAGGUUUCCUGGCUGCAUAUAUAUAUGUGCUUGUUCCUCGGUUUAUUGCGAUAAUAUCUCGAGGAAUACGUAAGAAAGAGUCGGCCUUGGCUAUACUGGAGAAAAUGCUACGAGCACUCAGGAACGGGUUGCUACCAAAUCGAUUGCCUGCUUUUAUUGGAAAGUUGAUUGCUGCGGUAUACGUUUUAAAUAGUGUGAUCUCACGAACCAAUAGAGGAAAGAAAAAUCCUCCUGCAGUUUUCUUUAUUUCUGCUUUCACUUCAUGUGCUGUUCUAUUUUGGCGGUACAAGAAAGAACUUGGUAAAAGUGAGCAGCUCCUUCACCGUGCGGAACUUAGCGAUACUGCUGACUUGACAACUAUAGCGUUUGUAAGAGCAUGUGAUUUGCUCUUCCAUACCUUGGCAAUUAAGUCUGGUGUUUCUACUGACUUGUUUCAUGGAAUCGCUGAUGUCUCGUUUUUCACUGCCUCGUCGUUUGUAAUUAUGUUCUCGUGGUUUUUCUAUCCCCAUCGUCUAUCUCCAUCGUACCAGAAAUGGAUCACCAGGGCUGCAAAUAUGGAUGAUGAUUUUGUGACUGCUCUAAGAUAUAUUCGCAAUGGAGAUGUGUACUACAAUUGCGACCCUAAAACUCACCCGAAACAUGACAUUCUCAAUGCUACCGCAGAGAAGUAUGGGUUUGAUCCAUUAUGUGCAGACUUUUCUUCGCCAGGCCCCAUUCCCUGUAAAUUGAUUCAUCAGAACAGUUUCGAGAACUGUGAACUUCAUGCUCUUUGGAGGUUUUACCGGGGGUUUAUAACCUCAAUGUCCAUCUACUUUCCUUUGAACGUCCUUCUCAGUCUUAGGUCAAAGUCUUUUGUGAAAUCUUUGCCCAGGAUAUUGAUCGGUUCAUCCAGGUCUUCUGUGUUUCUAGCUGCCUAUAUUACUUUGAACUGGUACUCUGUUUGUCUUGUUCGUACGAGAUUAGGGCCGAUUCUUUUCCCUAGGGCAACGCCUCAUCAGCUUGAGGACACUUAUGGACCCGGCCUUGGCGCAUUGACAUGUGGUCUGAGUAAGUAUUAUAAAGGAUUUGUCCACCGUAUUUGUUUUACCUGGGAAUUAGAUACUAACUAA